GAUUUGUCGUUGACAAAAUGGAAGGGAUCAAAGACAAGGGGAAAAUAAGGCAUUCUUCACCAAGAAAGAUUGAGAGAAAGAUCAUUGAGAAGAAUAGAAGAAACAAAAUGAAGAAUUUGUAUUCCACGCUCAAUUCGCUCAUCCCACAACGAAUCACCAAGGAACCAUUGUCGGUACUCGAUCAGGUAGAUGAAGCUGUGAAUUACAUAAAGAGUCUGCAGAAAAGGCUGAAAGAAUGCGAGGCGAAGAAGGAGAAAUUACUGGGAAGAAAAAGAUCUCACGGUUGCAUUGGUAAAGGUUCGGAUUCAAUUUCGAGCUCAAGAUCUCCUCAAAUUAAGGUUCAUGAAAUAGGUUCUGGUCUUCAAAUCUUCUUGACAAUUGGGUUGGAGGAUCAAUUCAUUUUCUACGAGAUCAUUCGUAUUCUCCAUGAGGAAGGAGCAGAUGUCAAAAAUACCACCUACUCGGUUGUCGGUGAUAGAGUUUUCCUCAUGGUUCUUGCAGAGGUAUGCACUAACAUGAAUAUCAUAUAUAACCAUUAUUGUGAGACAGGAGUAACACAAAUCCUUGACACAUAAUCAAAUGAUAUCAAGUAGAUUGUAAAUUAAAUUGAAAAAUAGUUG